UGUGGAUGGUAUGGCUGGAAGACAAGCUUAAAGUUUAAGAUGGGCAACUAUCGUACAAAACUCAGCAGAUCUGGCUGUGAAGAGGUGGCUGUUAACUCGGGGAAGAGAAGCCAAAAUAAUCCAGAGAGUGAGUCUCCCCACUCCAACAUCAAAAGAGCUCGUCGAGCUGAGGUAAACUACCUACCAAAUUUUCCAAAAGGAGAGAGUGCUGAAAGCUUGGAACAACAAAGAUUGCAAAUAGUUGAGGAAGUGUCUAAGACCGAAAGAAGUCUUGGGCUGAUAGAGAAACUCAUGCAAAGUACAUUUGCGCUGCGUCGCAAACAGAUCGUUGUAGAUAACCCAUCACAACCAGUGAAGGAAUUUUUGGAAAAGUGGCCUGCACUUCGUUUGGAAUCUCAGAUUGCUGCAGAAUUCCACAGAAUUACUAAUAUCAGCUUGAAAAACAAGUUCUAUGCAGAACUGGACAACCAUACUCCUCGACUGAUUGCUGUUUACAGGCAGAAGGCUGCCCGUACUGGCAAAGCAGCAGAAGCACUGAGAAGCAUCUUUAGUGCCUUUGAUCUUGUGGAUCACUACGAUAUUGACAAUAGACGUACAGCUGCACUUCGAGCCCUCCCUGUCUACUUGCGCGAAGAUGACUCUGUGUUUUUCAAGAUGUGGAAUACUGAAGAGGUGGAUGAGCCAGACAUUGCAGAUUCAGCUGUAGCUCUUGUCAGCAUGGUGAAUGGAGACUCGACUUCCACUGUUCAGUUUGACCCUGCUCGGAUUGCUAUUGUGCUGGAAGGUGACAUUGUUCUAAGGGACAUUUCCAGGUUGGCUGAUGCUUUUCUUUUGAUGUUUGGUUUGAUAUAUGCAUUACAUCUCAACUACCCCAAAGAGCUGACACACACAUUUAACUUCAUCCAAAAAGUCUUACUGGGCUUGGAUGACUCAAAGCCACUAACACCCAGAUUGCUGAGUCUAAAAAAUGAGCUACUAAUUAAGGAGUAAGAGGAAUGGAUGUACGAGCUCUAUACAAUUUAUUUUCUGUUCUUUUCAGUUGUUGUGAGUGACUACUGUAGUUGCCCUAUUAAACACUGAGCUCAAGAUUUAUAAUUUCCCAGUGAAGUGGAGAAUUUCAUUUUCAUUUUAGUAUUCAUUGGGAUUGCGUUACUGA